UCUGUUAGAUGCUAUGGUUAGAUGUGAGGAGCUGGCUGCUGAACAUAGUAUUCCUGAACACAGACACUUGUGACGAUGGCGGCCAAUGAGGUUGAUGUUUUCGCAAAUGAAGAAAAGCGAAACCUGGAGCUCAGAGGCCACGUGGGCUUUGACAGUCUCCCUGAUCAGUUGGUCAGCAAGUCAGUUGCUCAGGGAUUCUGCUUCAACAUCCUCUGCGUAGGUGAAACUGGAAUUGGCAAGUCCACAUUAAUGAACACACUUUUCAAUACAAUAUUUGAAAAUGAGGAAAUCAGCCACUAUGAGAAAGAGGUGCAGCUACGCCCACAAACGUACAAUCUGCAGGAGAGCAAUGUGAACCUGAAGCUGACCGUUGUUCACACUGUAGGGUUUGGAGACCAGCUCAACAAAGAGGAAAGCUUUAAACCCAUUCUUGAGUAUAUUGAUGCCCAGUUUGAAAAGUAUCUUGAAGAGGAGCUGAAAAUUAAACGCUCCCUGUUUAACUGCCAUGACACAAGAAUCCACAUCUGCCUGUAUUUCAUCUCACCCAAUGGACAUUCCCUGAAGUCCCUGGACCUCGUUACAAUGAAGAAAUUGGACAGCAAGGUGAACAUCAUCCCUGUUAUUGCAAAGGCAGACACGGUAUCCAAGAGUGAACUGGACAAAUUAAAGAUCAAGAUAAUGAGCGAGCUGGUCAGUAAUGGAGUACAAAUAUAUCAGUUCCCCACAGAGGAUGAAGCUGUCGCAGAGAUCAACUCCUCCAUGAAUACACAUCUACCCUUUGCUGUGGUCGGAAGUGUAGAAGAUGUCAAAGUUGGCAACAAAAUGGUGAAAGCGAGGCUGUACCCCUGGGGUUCAGUACAGGUCGAAAAUGAAAGUCAUUGCGAUUUUGUAAAGCUGAGGGAGAUGCUGCUGCGUGUGAACAUGGAGGAUCUCCGAGAGCAGACACAUGCUCGACAUUAUGAGCUCUACCGCCGCUGCAAGCUGGAAGAGAUGGGCUUCAAGGACACAGACCCGGACAGCACGUCGUUCAGUCUUCAGGAGACGUACGAAGCCAAGAGGAAGGAGUUCCUUGUAGAUCUGCAGCGCAAAGAGGAAGAAAUGAGACAGAUGUUUGUCAACAAAGUGAAGGAGACAGAAGCAGAGCUGAAAGAAAAAGAGAAAGAGCUACACGAGAGGUUUGAGCAGCUAAAGCGAAUGCACCAGGAAGAAAAGAAAAAUCUGGAGGAGAAAAGACGAGAACUGGAGGAGGAGAUGAAUGCCUUCAAUAGAAGAAAGGUUGCAGCAGAGACACUGAUGGGACAGGCCCUCCAAGGCUGCUCACAACCAUUCAAGAAGGACAAGGACAAGAAGAAUUGAUUUAUCGGAUAUCCAGGAAAACCAGGAAUGUCAUCAGAAUGGGAAAAGGAACAUUACUUCCUGGCACUGUAGGUGUGGACUUAGUGUCACAGUGACCUAACGUUUGUGAGCCUAAAUAAUGUGAUGGCUAUAAGCCAGUGUUUUCAUGAUGGAUUAAAAAGGUAGCUUUGCUUAGUGUUUUUAAUUGGUCCCUAAUGCUGACUGUUCUAAACACACAAUCCACAAACUGUUCUUAACAUGUAGUUUUUUUUGUUAUCUGUUCUUGUUAUGGAGGUGUGUUGGUCUCCUGGUUUAAAUGUAAACUUCUAGUGAGAAACAUUAAGCACUACAACAGGAGACUCUCAGUGAAUGACUAAUGAACGGAUGAUUUCGAGUUUUAUAAUUGGCUAAACAUGCAGUAAUUGUUCGUGUGUGAUUGUGGAUUAUUGCACAAAUUAAAUGGUGUCCUACAGGUUUUUUUUUUGACAGAAUGACAAAUCUAUUAAUGUUUUUUUUUAUUGUUGAUUGUUAACGAAAGGAUAUCAAAUGUUAAUAACAUCAUUCCAUGCAAGGGUAUGGAGACAAUUUUGGGAUUUAGUCAACAAAAUUCUGGAUGGGAGUAAAAUAUUUGCCUCUAUUUAUGUUUAAAUAAAUGCUAAAAAUGGAAAACUGAACUUGGCACCAGUUCAUCUGUUGGUCAGCUUAACCCCCACCCCCAUCACCACCACCACCACUUCUCUGAGCAUCACAUCAGUCAUUUGUUUGAUUUACAACAUUUCAUAUCGCAUCCUUCAUGACUUACUAAAAAACAUGGUUCCCUGAUUUUAAACGACUGUGUCAACUCUGUUCCUAUAAAAUGCAUAAAUCAUUCAAGCUUUUUUUUUUUAGCUUCAGUCAGAAGCCACAAAGAGGACAUAUAACAAAAUGCUUACUAAACUGAAUAAUCAUUCUUUAAUUUUAAGUAUUUUUUAUCUUGCUAAGAUUGUCAAGACACUGAUCAAUAAGUUGCUUGUGCUGAUAAAUAACAUGAUAUUUCUUUCCUUU